UGAAAUAAGUGUCAUAAACAUCGCGUUGACUUGACGACAGUUUCGAUUUUUGAGGUUAUGUUGUCUUUUUGUAAUAAUAAGACACAAAAUAUCUGAUUAUCACUCAUAAAUAACAUAGUUUAAGCAAAUAACAUGGAAGCUGCUACUCUUCCAAAAAAGAAAAACACUAUCAGUAAAGGAAAACUAAAGAAAAGUAUAAAGAACGUGUUAUGUAGACCCGAUCCAGUGUUUUGGCCGGAGAUAACCGAAGACGAGGGAAAGAGACUUGAAUCUACGUUGAAAAAACAUAAAAUAGACAUACCAGAGUUCAAAAAACCUCAUUGGAAGACUUUAAAACAAAUCCCCAAGGAGAAACGUCCAAAACCACCACAGCUUAAAAAAGUUGAUGGUCUCCUACUUGGCAUAAGAGAAUGUACUGAAGCUGUACAAAACAAACAAUGUGCGGCUAUCAUCAUAGAAGCUAAAAUAAACCCAAGAAUGAUAGUACAACCUAUAUUAGAAAUGUGCAGAACAAAAGAUAUACCUGUUCUAUGUCUCAAUGACUUGAGGAAUGUCACAAGAAUAUAUUUUGGUGUACCAACAAGUUGCUUAGGUAUAAAAUGCAACAGCCUAUCAGAUGUUACUAAAGUAAUAGUUGAAUUAGCUAAAAAUCAUCCAAAACCUAAACUGAGCAAUGAUCUUAAGAAAGCCAAUAAGAUUGAAGUAGAAAAUAAGGCAAUAGCAGAGAAAAUGGACAUAGAAGUUUCGAAAGCCAGUGAAGUGACUACCUUUCAAUUCUUGUAUAGAACUAGUAAGAAAAAUCGAGUAUUUGUGCCAAAUGCUUCAGAAAAUGUUAAGCAACCAACUAAGUUCAUAGGACAAGACUUUAUAGAAUUCUCUGAAAAACCAAAACAAAAGGACAGUAAAGCGUACAUGAAAAUGAUAUUGAAGAGGAUAUCAAAUAAUCCUGAUAGGGUGAAAAAGAAAUAAAUAAUUCUAAUAAUAAAA